AUGUCCCAGAUCCCGCCCUCAAACUCCAACGCGUCCUAUGGGCCGCUCCCAAACCCCGUGCCCAGCCCGGACCGUGGCCUCGACCUCGACUCUGCACCCCCAGAGGGCGUCAGGCUCGUCCACCGCGACUCGUACGCCGCCGUCGAGUCGGGUCCCCCGACCCCGGACCCGACAGUGGGCGAGUUUGACCUCAGCACCAGCAUGGCCAUGCCCCGCCCACGUUUCAUGCAGGACGCAGACCCGUCCAUUCGCCAGUCCCUCGCGUCUAUCGGCACAGACCGCGCCGCGUCUGAGGGCGUGGGCUCCGUCUACGCUCUCCGCACAGAAGGCAGCGGCCAGUUCAACCCGUACGAGCGCGCUAGCUCGUACUAUGCCGCAAAUUCUCUCGGUGGGAGAUAUACCGACGACCCCAGUGCGCCCAGACAGGAUAUGGACGACGAGCAGGGCGUGCCCAUGGAACCGCAGUCGACGGUGGGCUCAGGCGCCGGCUCACCACGAUUUUUGUCAGACAAGGCGGCUAUGUACGGUGCCACGCCACGCGCCACUUCACGCAGGAAGUGGUGGGUAGUGGGAGGAAUUGCCGCGUUGAUAGCGCUCAUCAUCGUCGUGGUCGUCCCGGUCUACUUUGGCGUGAUCAAGAAGAGCAGUUCAAAUCGUGUGGCGUCUGGCUCGAGCUCAGACUCAGACUCGGGCAGCUCAAAUUCGAAUGGAUCGGGCUCGUCGGGUAGCACGCCUGUGACUGCCGCGGUGGUCACCGGUGGCCAGGGCAGCAAAGUCACCAUGGACGACGGGAGCCAGUUCACGUUCGACAACUCUUACGGCGGGACUUGGUAUUACGACGCUGACGAUCCCUUCAACAACGGCGCACGCCCCCAAUCGUGGUCCCCGGCUCUCAACGAGACGUUCAACUACGGCGUUGACCGUAUCCGCGGCGUCAACAUCGGCGGAUGGCUCGUCACGGAACCGUUCAUUGUGCCGGCGCUUUACCAGAAAUAUCCGCAGGCCAUCGAUGAAUGGGGUCUCUCCGAAGCCAUGCGGGCAGACACGGCCAACGGCGGUAUCAGCCAGCUCGAAGAUCAUUACAAGACGUUCAUCACGGAGGCCGACUUUUACCAGAUCGCUGCGGCCGGGCUGAACUAUGUCCGCAUCCCGCUAGGCUUCUGGGCAAUUGAGACUCGGGACGGCGAGCCGUUCCUCGCCAACACUUCAUGGCAGUACUUCCUCAAGGCGAUCAAGUGGGCGCGCAAGUACGGUCUGCGUAUCAACCUCGAUUUCCACACGGCCACGGGAAGCCAGAACGGAUGGAACCACUCCGGCAGGCUCGGCACGAUGAGCUUCCUCAACGGCACGAUGGGCUACGCGAACGCUCAGCGCACGCUCGAUUACAUUCGUAUCAUCGCGGAGUUCAUCUCCCAGCCGGAGUACAGCGACGUUGUGACCAUGUUUGGCAUCUUGAACGAGCCCCGUGCGAUCUAUACGUCCAAUGAGAACAUCCAGCGCUUCUACGUUGGCGCGUACGACGCUGUUCGGCUCGCAUCCGGUAUCGGCGCUGGAAAGGGUCCGAUCAUCUCCUUCCACGACGCGUUCAACGGUCUCCCAUGGUGGAAGGGUUUCCUUCCUGGCGCAGACCGUAUCGCGAUUGACUACCAUCCCUACGUCGCGUUCGCCGACCAACCCACUGACAGUAUCGAGAACCACCUGACACAGCCGUGCACGACUUGGGGCAAGAUCAUGAACACGUCUUGGACCGACUUUGGUAUCACGGGCGCUGGCGAGUUCUCCAAUGCCAUUACUGACUGCGGGACAUACCUCAAUGGCGUCGGCCAAGGUUCGCGUUACGAGGGUAACUACAUCUACGACUACAGCAACGAGUUCCAGCGCGUCGGGUCGUGCGAUAGCUACAUCCAAUGGCAGAAGUGGGACGACGACUACAAGGCGGCCGUCAAGACGUUCACCAUGGCUUCAAUGGAUGCAUUGCAGAACUGGUUCUUCUGGACAUGGAAGGUCGGGAACUCGUCGACGAGCGGUCUGGUCGAGUCGCCGAACUGGUCGUACUCGCUCGGUCUGCAGGAAGGUUGGAUUCCGACGGACCCGCGUGAGGCUGUGGGACAGUGCGGGAACACUGCGCCGUGGACGGGCUCGCUUGCCGCCAGUGCGACGGGCGGCGCGACUGCUUCUACUCUCGGCGCCGCUGCGACGGAUGGGAUCGAGUGGCCGCCUACCACCAUCACGAAUGCCGGCCCUAUCACUGAGCUCCCGUCGUACACGGCCACCGGCACCAUCCCGACGCUCUCACCGCCAGCGUUGACAGCAACCGCGAGCAGCGCCAAGAGCAGCACGAUUAGCGCCGGUAACGGGUGGAACAACCCGCAAGAUAACGCCGGACUGAUGGUGCCCAUCAACGGCUGCCAGUACAACGACGCAUGGCUCGAGUCGGCAGAGCCCACACCGGCCAUCUGCACACCCGCCGCAAAACGCGGGCUGGCAGCACCCGCACCAAUUAUCACGCCGCCGCCGACGCCUCGCAACUACAGGUUAUAG